CUUCCUUCUAUAUCAAGGUGAAACAAUAUGACAUCUUUAACGUUUUACAUUAUCAUCGCCUUUCUUUCUCUUGCUACUCCUAGCAUUGAUGGAAACCAACUCUCUUUGUCAUCCUCAGAUUUAGUGGUUGAUGGCUACAAAAAUUUCAUCAACGUAAUACGACAACGUCUCACCGAAAACACUCUAAAACUAUACGAUAUACCCAUCUUAGAAAGCUCACUCCCUCCUACUCAACGUUUCAUGAACAUCAACAUCGGCAAUCAAAAUGAUGAAACCAUUUCCCUGGCAAUAGACAGGGUGAAUCUCGGAGUCGUGGGAUAUCGUUCAAAUAACAACUCAUAUAUUUUCCUUGAUGCCCCAAAAGCAGCUUUGGACGUCGUCUUCCCUGAGACUUGUAGAGUUGUUCUCGGUUUCAAUAGCGACUAUGAAUCCAUUGAGAAGGCCUCUGGUACUACUAGACUCCAAACCCUCCUUGGACUUGAGCCUUUAAAUUCAGCCAUCUCCAACUUGUUUCAUUACCGUCGAGCUGAUAUUCCCGGAUCAUUUCUUGUGAUCCUUCAAAUGGUAUUAGAAGGAUCAAAAUUCAAGUUCAUCGAGCAAAGUGUUAUUCAAAGCUUAAAGUAUGGUUACAACUUCAAACCUGGCCUUGCAAUUGUUAGCUUAGAAGACAAUUGGGACAAACUUUCUUCGCAAAUCCAAGCAUCUCCAUCACUACAAGGACUAUUCGGAGAAGCCAUUAGGCUUUACGAUUCCAACGAUAAAUUCAUUGAUGUGGAUAGCAUAUAUUAUGUAAUCAUAACCACAAACAUUGCUUUUCAACUACAUCAUUGCAAUGUUAGUACAAAUUUUAUAAGGAUGCCAAGUGAUGUGGACGACUCAUGCAACGUACAAACACGAACUGCAAUGAUUAGCGGGCAAAAUGGAUUUUGCGUCGAUUCAUCGCGCAUACUUGAUUACAAUGGUAAUCCUAUCAUUUUAUACCGAUGCAUAAAUCAAUUGAAUCAAGAAUGGACUUUUCUAAGCGAUAAGACUAUACGAUAUUCCAACAAGUGUUUGACAUUUGAAACAUCAAGAUAUGUGGUUCUUUACAAUUGUAGUGAAGUUGAAGAAAAAGGCAAUAUUAGAUGGAAUGUUGCAAUAGAUGGAACAAUCAGCAAUCCAAGCUCUGGGCUUGUCUUGACAACAGAUCCAUCCACAAACAGAAGUCAAUUAAUAGUGGAGGUUAACAAAUUCACUACUAGCCAAGGAUGGAGAGUGGGAAAUUAUGUUAAACCAAUUAUAGGUUCAAUUAUAGGAAUGGAAGAGAUGUGUUUAGAAGCAACAAAUAACAACACAAACAUGUGGUUAGAGAAAUGUGUGAAGAACAAGGCAGAGCAAUACUGGGCAGUUUAUAGUGAUGGAAGUAUAAGAGUAAAUAGGAAGCGUAAUUUGUGUGUUUCGUCCUCUUCAAACCGCUCAGGGGCACUUCUUAUCAUCGAUGAGUGUAAAGGAACAUCAAACCAACGUUGGAAUUUCUUGGCCAAUGGUACAAUCUUAAACCCCGAAACGAAGAAGGUCGUGGAUGUUUAUGGUUCCAUGGUUUCUGCCAAAAGAAUUAUUUUAUAUCCUAAAACUGGCCUGGCUAACCAACAAUGGACAUUAUUCUACUAAGUUCAUGGCUUUAUCCACAAAUAAUGUUAAGUGAAGCUGAUAUGCAUGAUCGUGUGAUUUAAUAAGUAAUAAAGGUGUGGAUUUUGCGUGGAUGGUAUUGUAAUAAGUUUGAAAGUUCAAUGUCAUAAAGUCAUAAGUUAUAAUGAACCUUCGUGGUUUUUUCCUUUUUUUAA